AUGAUUCACAAGGUUUUUUUCCUCGCCCUCGCGGUGGUCUUCCUCCACUGCGUCCAAGAUGUGGCGUCCUACCUACCCGGGAUGAACCCAACGAUCUACAAAAGGGGCGAUAAAGUCACCAUCAGCGUGAAGAACCUCUCCAGCCGGCGAGCAGUGACAAGCCUGGACUACUUCACCUUCCCACUGUGUUCCGCGGACAACGCAGGCAUCGCUGGAGAGGAGGCACCAAAUAUCUUCAAAAUCCUUUCCGGGGACAGCCUGCACACUACUUCCAUACAGACUACCUUCCUGAACGACACCAAGUGUGCCUUCUACUGUAGAAUCUACAUCGAUGACAACGCGUAUGAUAAGUAUAAGCAUCUCAUUCUGUACAAUUACAACAUGAUUUAUUCUGUGGAUAACUUGGAUAUCUUUCGCCAGGACCCUCGACGGAAGGGCUUUUACUACACGGGCAUCCCCGUCGGCUACAUCCAGGAUAAGAACUACCUGCUGUAUACUUACUUCCAAAUUACCAUCCUGUACAACAACAACGGGGGUCAGUCGGACAAGAACUACAUCGUGGGGUUCGAGGUGGAGCCCAAGAGCGUCGACUUCGAGCAGGACGAGCGGUGCGAGCAGAACGAAGCCACCAUGACGAUGAAGAAAAAUACAUACGUGACAUUUAAAUAUGACAUAAAGUAUGUGCAAAGUGAAAACUCGUUUCAACACAGAUCAGAACACUACUACAGAAACCUGAACGACCAAAGUAUGAUCCAUUGGUUCUCCAUAGUGAAUAGCAUCAUCCUCUUUAUCCUCCUAUGCUUCUUCAUAAGCUCCAUUCUCAUCAAGGCUUUACAUAAGGACAUAAACAAAUAUAACCGUUUGAAUGCAAACAUAUUUGAGACUGAUGACAUUGAUGACCGAGGAUGGAAAUUAGUUCACGGAGAUGUUUUUAGGAAGCCUAUUAACUCUACCUUCUUUUCUGCAUUUGUCGGGGUGGGGAUACAAAUUAUCUGUAUGAUGUUGGUCUGUGCUUUGAUUCUACUCAUCGGGGUGUAUAAAUACAAGCACAGGUAUCGAUAUAUCCAAGUGAUGUUUUUUAUUUGGACCUUCAUUAGUAGCAUUUCUGGUUACUCAUCCUCUCGUUUAUAUAAGCUAUUCAAGAGUAAGCAUGUGAAGUUAACCCUCUUUAGGACCUCUCUAAUUUACCCUGUUAUUUUAUUCAUCCUUUUUUUCCUAAUCAACCUUGUUCUUCAUUAUGAGCACUCCAACACGGCUAUCUCCUUCACCUCCUUAACGUUCGUUUGCUUCCUCUGGUUCGGGAUAUCUGUACCGCUCAUUUGUUUGGGUUCUUACAUUGGGAAUAAGAAGAACCCGAUAGAGCUCCCUGUGCGAGUGAAUAACAUCCCAAGACAUAUUCCGAAGCAGCCCCUCCUCAACUCCUUCUUCGUCUCCUCCUUCCUCGUUGGCCUCAUCCUCUUCGCGACCAUGUACACGGAGCUGUUCUUCCUGUUCACGUCCCUUUGGAAAAGCAACAUGUACUACCUCUUUGGGUUCCUCUUUUUGGUGAUUUUCCUGCUCGGAUUGCUGAGCGCCCAGCUCUCCAUCGCCCUGACAUACUAUUCCCUCUCCUGCGAGGACUACAACUGGUGGUGGAAAUCCUUUGUGGCGCCCGGGUCAUCAGGACUGUUCUUCUUCCUCUACUCGAUCUAUUACUUCUUUGUCAAGCUAAGCAUCUCCAGCUUUGCUGAAACUUUUAUUUACUUCGCCUACUCGUUUAUCAUGUCCUACACGUGCUUCAUCUACACGGGCACGGCGGGCUUCCUGGCCUCCUUCGUCUUCCUGAGGAAAAUCUACUCCUCGAUAAAGGUGGACUGA